GGCCCGGUCUGCAGAACCGGCCGACGCUCACCGCCGCCGCGACGCGCCGCCGACAUGAAGCCGUCGACGCUGCUGGUGCUGUUCGCCUCGCUGUCCGUAGCUCUUCUCGCUGCACCGGUCUCCGCCAACCCCGUCCACAGUCGCGAGAAGAGGGGGAUCGAGUAUGGCCCUCCAGUGCACCAUGAAGAGCAUCACGACCACCAUCAGCCAGAGGGCAUCUGGAAGAAGAAACUCGUCUGGAAAGAAGAAUGGGUGAAAGUGUGGAAGACAGUCAGUAAACAGGUGUGGAAACCAGCGUGGAAGAAAAUCCAGGUUCCUGUCUGGAAAGAAAUACAGGUGCCUGUAUGGAAGGAGAUUCAAGUUCCCGACUGGAAGAAAAUCCAGAAGCCGAUAUGGAAAGAGAUUCAGGUGCCAAUAUGGAAAGAAAUUCAAAUUCCAGACUGGAAAAAGAUAAACGUUCCAGUGUGGAAAGAAAUACAGGUGCCUGUAUGGAAGGAAAUCCAAGUCCCAGACUGGAAGCAAAUCUGGGUACCAGAACUGGUAAAAAUAUGGGUACCAGGAGAGAAAUCUCACGGGAAAGACCAACAUGGCUGGGAGUACACGUCCCACGGCUUGUGGAAGAAGAAACUCAUUUGGAAGCCGAUCUGGAAGAAAAUCUGGCGCACGGACAAGAAGCUGAUCUGGGUGCCCGAGAAGAAGCUGGAGUGGAAGAUCGAGUACAAGCAGAUCUGGCGUACCGAGAAGAAGCAGAUCUGGGUGCCGGAGAAGAAGCUCAUCUGGAAGGAGGAGCUCGUCCAGAUCUGGAGGCCCGACAAGAAGCUCGUCUGGGUGCCCGACAAGAAGCUGGUCUGGAAGGACGAGUGGAAGCAGAUCCAGGUGCCCGCAUGGAAGCAGAUCCAGGUUCCGGCGUGGAAGAAGGUGUGGAAGCCCGUCUGGCAGAAGGUGUGGGUGCCGAUCCACCACGAGGAGCACCACGGCUGGGACUGACGCUGAGCUGAGCCGAGCCGAGCCGAGCCGAGUAGAGCCGAAUCCACCCGGCCGCCGGGGCAGACAGCGGCCGCGAGCUGUGGCCCCAAGCCACGAGUACAAAUCCAGUAGACGCCGCGUUGCCGUCACGGCGCCAGCUGUUGCUACUUUUUGUAACAUACCCGCUUUGUUAUUUGUUGUAUCUAGUAUGUUUUGUACAGUUCUUUUUGUAU